AUGGCCGCCCAGCUGCUUGUUCCCCCCGGACCUGACAGCUUCCGGCCCUUCGUACCCGAGUCGCUCGCUGCCAUCGAGCGCCGCAUCGCAGAGGAGAACGCCAGACGGCCCAAGGGCGAGCGACGGAGUGACCCGGAAGAUGAUGAGAACGGACCCAAGCCCAACAGUGACCUGGAGGCGGGAAAAUCCCUCCCGUUCAUCUACGGAGACAUCCCACCCGGAAUGGUGUCUGUGCCACUGGAAGACCUGGACCCCUACUACAGCAGUCAGACAACUUUUAUAGUAUUGAAUCGUGGGAAGGCCAUAUUCCGGUUCAACGCCACCCCUGCUCUAUACAUUCUAAGCCCUUUUAAUCCUAUUAGGAGACUAUCCAUUAAGAUCCUGGUGCAUUCGCUCUUCAGUUUUGUCAUCAUGUGCACCAUACUGACCAACUGUGCAUUCAUGACACUAAGCAAUCCCCCGGAGUGGGCAAAGAAUGUAGAAUACACCUUCACGGGAAUCUACACGUUUGAAUCUCUCAUAAAGAUCCUGGCCAGGGGUUUCUGCGUGGGGAAAUUCACCUUUCUCAGAGAUCCCUGGAACUGGCUGGAUUUUAGCGUCAUUCUUAUGGCAUAUGUAACAGAAUUUGUGGAUCUGGGCAAUGUCUCAGCACUGCGAACUUUCAGGGUUCUUCGAGCUCUCAAAACUAUAUCUGUCAUACCAGGACUGAAGACCAUCGUCGGAGCUUUGAUCCAGUCGGUGAAGAAGCUGUCCGACGUGAUGAUUCUGACUGUUUUCUGCCUGAGCGUUUUCGCGCUCAUCGGACUGCAACUCUUUAUGGGGAAUCUAAAACAGAAAUGCGUCAGGAUGCCUAUCGCCAGCGUGACGUCGCAAGACCACAACGCCACCGCUGGCUUCAACCAGAGCACCACGGACCUGUUAGCGGAGGCCAACGCCACCGGCACGUUCAACUGGACGGAGUACAUCGAGGACGAACGUAAUUACUAUUUCUUACCCAACCGCCGAGAUGCUUUGCUCUGUGGGAAUGCAAGUGAUGCUGGGCAGUGUCCAGAGGGCUACAUAUGCAUAAAGGCAGGGCGUAACCCUGACUACGGCUACACAAGCUUCGACACCUUCAACUGGGCUUUCCUCUCUCUCUUUCGCCUUAUGACGCAAGACUUCUGGGAAAACCUUUACCAACAGACCCUGCGCGCAGCAGGGAAGCCCUACAUGGUGUUUUUUGUGCUGGUGAUCUUCCUGGGUUCGUUCUACCUGGUGAAUCUAAUCCUGGCUGUGGUUGCCAUGGCAUAUGACGAACAGAACCAGGCCACCAUCGAAGAGGCCCAGCAAAAAGAGGAGGAGUUUCAGGCCAUGCUGGAGCAGCUGAAGAGACAACAGGAGGAGGCGCAGGUUGCAGCGGCGGCAGCGACAGAGAGCGGAGAGUACAGCGGGAGGGGGGGCCCGUCGGAGGAGAGCUCCUCUGGGGGGUCCAGACUCAGCUCCAAGAGCGCCAAGGAGCGAAGGAACAGACGAAAGAAGAGAAAACAGAGGGAGGAGGAGGAGAAGGCAGACCAGGAGAAGUUUCAUAAGUCGGAAUCGGAGGACAGCAUCAGGCGAUCGGGUUUCCGCUUCUCCAUCGAUGCCAACAGGCUCUCGUACGAGAAGAAAUGCUCCACACCCAACCAGUCUCUUCUCAGUAUCCGAGGGUCUCUCUUCUCACCUAGGCGGAACAGCCGUGCGAGUUUGUUUAGCUUCCGCGGUCGAGCGCGGGACUUUGGGUCGGAGAACGAUUUUGCGGACGACGAGCACAGCACGUUUGAGGAUAGCGACAGUCGCCGCGGCUCUCUUUUUGUUCCUCGUCGAAUCGAGAGGAGGAGUUCGACUGUCAGCCAGCUCAGUCUCGCACCCAGGAUCAUGCUCCCAGCCAAUGGGAAGAUGCACUGCACUGUUGACUGCAAUGGAGUGGUCUCUCUAGUGGGUGGGACUUCUGUGCCGACAUCUCCUAUUGGACGGCUGCUCCCAGAGGGCACGACGACGGAAUCGGAAGUGCGUAAGAAGCGUUCGGGUUCCCAUCAGCCGUCUAUGGACUAUCUGGACGACACGGUGGCCAGACAGAGAGCCCUGAGCGUGGCUAGCAUUCUCACUAACACUAUGGAAGAGCUGGAAGAAUCACGACAGAAGUGCCCGCCAUGCUGGUAUAAAUUUGCCAAUUGCUUCUUAAUCUGGGACUGUUGUCCAGCCUGGCUGAAGGUGAAGGAAAUUGUGAACUUGGUGGUCAUGGAUCCUUUCGUGGACUUGGCCAUAACCAUCUGCAUUGUUCUCAAUACCCUCUUCAUGGCCAUGGAGCAUUAUCCCAUGACCCAACAGUUCAACGAUGUUCUCUCCGUCGGCAACCUGGUCUUCACAGGCAUCUUCACGGCAGAGAUGUGUUUGAAGGUCAUCGCUCUGGAUCCGUAUUACUACUUCCAGGAGGGCUGGAAUAUUUUUGAUGGGAUCAUUGUGAGCCUAAGUCUGAUGGAGCUGGGCCUGGCCAACGUGGAGGGGCUCUCUGUUCUCAGAUCAUUCCGAUUGCUGCGAGUCUUUAAGCUUGCGAAGUCGUGGCCCACUCUCAACAUGCUGAUCAAGAUCAUCGGAAACUCGGUCGGUGCCUUGGGAAACCUGACUCUGGUCUUGGCCAUCAUCGUUUUCAUCUUUGCGGUGGUCGGCAUGCAGCUGUUCGGGAAGAGCUACCGCGACUGCGUGUGCAAGAUCUCCGACGACUGCACGCUCCCGCGUUGGCACAUGAACGACUUCUUCCACUCCUUCCUCAUCGUGUUUCGGGUGCUUUGCGGAGAGUGGAUCGAGACCAUGUGGGACUGCAUGGAGGUGGCCGGGCAGACCAUGUGCCUCAUCGUCUUCAUGAUGGUUAUGGUCAUCGGGAAUCUGGUGGUCUUGAACCUCUUCCUGGCCUUGCUGCUUAGCUCCUUCAGCGCAGACAAUCUAGCAGCCACUGAUGACGACAGUGAGAUGAACAACCUUCAGAUCGCCGUGGGCCGUAUCCAGCGUGGCAUCGCUUUCGUCAAAUCCACUUUACGGCAGUUUCUCCAGAGUCUGUGCCUGGCCGGGUCCAAACCCGGCGCCCUCGACGAGGAGAAGCCCCUGGACGACCUUCAUAGCGACGGCAAAGAGAACUGUCUAGUCAAUCAUGCGCCGGUCGCCGUGGACCUAACCAAGGACUUCUUGAAGGAAGGUUGUGUGUCGCCAGGCAACGGGGUCGAGGGUCACGUCAAGUACGGUAUUGAGGAAGGGGACUAUAUGUCCUUCAUCCAUAACCCUAGCCUUACGGUUACUGUGCCAAUCGCGGUGGGCGAGUCAGAUUUCGAGAAUCUGAACACGGAGGAUUUCAGCAGCGACUCGUCAGACGUGGAAGGGAGCAAGGAGAAACUCCCUGUGGACACAGUACUGAGCUCCUCAGAAGGAAGCACAGUGGACAUCAGACCCCCAGGAGAGGGGGCGGAGUCAGUGGAGCUGGAACCAGAGGAAUCUCUAGACCCUGAGGCGUGCUUCACUGAAGGCUGUGUGGGCCGGUUUCAGUGCUGUCAGGUAAACAUUGAUUCAGGCCACUGGAGGAGCUGGUGGACUCUGAGAAAAACCUGCUUCAUAAUUGUGGAGCACAACUGGUUCGAGUCCUUUAUCAUCUUCAUGAUCCUCCUCAGCAGCGGAGCACUGGCUUUUGAGGACAUUUAUAUCGAGCAGCGUAAGACCAUAAAGACAGUGCUGGAGUACGCUGAUAAAGUUUUCACCUACGUCUUUAUACUGGAGAUGCUGCUGAAAUGGGUGGCCUAUGGAUUCGUCAAAUACUUCACCAAUGCCUGGUGCUGGCUUGACUUCCUCAUCGUAGACGUGUCACUGGUGAGUUUGGUAGCCAAUGCUCUGGGUUACUCUGAGCUCAGUGCCAUCAAAUCCCUGAGGACUCUUCGAGCUCUGAGACCAUUAAGAGCACUGUCGCGCUUCGAGGGUAUGAGGGUGGUGGUGAAUGCUCUUCUCGGAGCCAUCCCCUCCAUCAUGAACGUGCUCCUGGUCUGCCUGAUCUUCUGGCUCAUCUUCAGCAUCAUGGGCGUCAACCUGUUCGCCGGAAAGUACUACUACUGCGUCAACACCACCACGGGCGAGAGGUUCGACAUUAAAGUGGUGAAUAACAUGACGGAAUGCCACGCCCUGGUGAACGACAGCGCCCGUUGGGACAACGUUAAAAUCAACUUUGACAACGUGGGAGCGGGCUAUCUGGCUCUGCUGCAAGUGGCGACGUUUAAAGGUUGGAUGGACAUCAUGUACGCGGCAGUAGACUCACGGGACUUGGAAGAGCAGCCAAAGUACGAAGUGAACCUUUACAUGUACCUGUACUUCGUCAUCUUCAUCAUCUUCGGUUCCUUCUUCACCCUCAACCUCUUCAUUGGUGUCAUCAUCGACAACUUCAACCAGCAAAAGAAAAAGUUUGGAGGUCAGGACAUCUUCAUGACAGAAGAACAGAAAAAAUACUACAAUGCCAUGAAAAAGCUUGGCUCCAAGAAACCCCAGAAACCAAUCCCCAGGCCUGCGAAUAAGUUCCAGGGUUGUGUCUUUGAUUGUAUCACGAAACAAGCCUUUGACAUUGUUAUCAUGGUCCUCAUCUGCCUAAACAUGGUUACUAUGAUGGUGGAAACUGACGACCAGACAGAGGAUAUGGAUAACAUCCUGUACUGGAUUAAUUUGGUCUUCAUCGUUCUCUUCACCGGAGAGUGCGUCUUGAAAAUGAUCUCUCUCCGUCACUACUUCUUCACCGUUGGCUGGAACAUCUUUGACUUUGUCGUUGUGAUCCUGUCAAUUGUCGGGAUGUUUCUCUCAGAGGUCAUAGAGAAGUAUUUUGUCUCUCCCACCUUGUUCCGAGUCAUCCGAUUGGCUAGGAUUGGACGUAUCCUCCGCCUCAUUAAAGGUGCCAAGGGUAUCCGCACACUACUGUUUGCCUUGAUGAUGUCACUCCCUGCCCUGUUCAAUAUCGGACUCCUUCUCUUCCUGGUCAUGUUCAUCUAUGCCAUAUUUGGAAUGUCCAACUUCGCUUACGUCAAGCGGGAGGCGGGAAUCGAUGACAUGUUCAACUUCGAGACGUUUGGGAAUUCCAUGCUGUGCCUGUUUCAGAUUACUACUUCUGCCGGCUGGGACGGUCUACUGGCACCCAUCCUCAACAAACGUGAGCCUGACUGCGACAGCAGGACGGAACACCCCGGAAACUCGUAUCGCGGCGACUGCGGCAACCCGUCAGUGGGCAUCUUCUUUUUCGUCAGCUACAUCAUUAUCUGCUUCCUGAUUGUGGUGAACAUGUACAUCGCUGUCAUCUUGGAGAACUUCAGUGUAGCCACCGAGGAGAGUGCUGAGCCUCUCAGCGAGGACGAUUUCGAGAUGUUCUAUGAGGUUUGGGAACGCUUCGACCCCAACGCCACGCAGUUCGUGGAGUACGACAAGCUUUCCGACUUCGCCGAUGCUUUGGACCCUCCCUUGCGCAUUCCCAAACCCAACAAGAUACAGCUCAUUGCGAUGGACCUUCCCAUGGUCAGCGGGGACCGCAUUCACUGCCUGGAUAUCCUGUUUGCCUUCACGUUACGCGUACUGGGGGAGGAGGGGGAGAUGGACGCCCUGCGAGGACAGAUGGAGGACCGCUUCAUGGCCUCCAACCCUUCCAAAGUCUCCUACGAACCCAUCACCACCACCCUGCGACGCAAGCAGGAGGAGAUGUCCGCCAUCGUCAUCCAGAGGGCCUUCCGACGCUAUCGCAUCAGGAAGACGGUGAAGAAGGCUUCGGACAUGUACCGGCAACAGCUUCAGGACGGCGGAGGGAAGCUUCCGGAAAAGGAGGUGCUGGUGAUAGGGAAGUUCCACGAGAAUUCGGCGUCGGACAAAACCGACAUGACUCCGUCUUCUGCGUCCCCUCCGUCGUACAACAGCGUGGCCAAGUCAGAGAAGGACAAGUACGAAAAAGAGAGGAGAGAGAAGGAGGACAUAGCAAAAGAUUCAAGAGAAAGGAAGAAAUGA